AUGCUAUAAGUUCCUAUUUUAUAACCUAUAGUUUUAAUUUGUCUUGGAACAUUAAUUGGCAUUGUACAAUAUUAUGGGUAGGUCACCAUGUUGUGAUGAGAUUAGUGUCAAGAAAGGACCAUGGACACAAGAAGAAGAUGAAAAGCUUAUUGAUUACAUCAACAAACAUGGUCAUGGAAAUUGGGGAACACUUUCAAAACGUGCUGAUUUGAAUAGGUGUGGUAAGAGUUGUAGGUUAAGGUGGACAAAUUAUUUGAGGCCUGAUAUUAAGAGAGGGAAGUUCACUGAUGAAGAGGAGAGAGUUAUCAUCAAUCUUCAUUCAGUACUUGGAAAUAAGUGGUCUAAGAUUGCAGCUCAUCUUCCUGGACGGACGGAUAAUGAAAUAAAGAAUUUUUGGAACACAAACAUAAGGAAAAAGCUUCUAAAGAUGGGAAUAGACCCUGAAACUCACAAACCAAGGACUGAUUAUAAUCAUCUCAUGAAUCUUUCCAACUUACUUGGCAUGUCAAAUAUAGGCAAUACUUUUAGCAACAACCCUCUUGGUUUCCAGCCAGAUAUCACUCACUUAGCCAAGAUGCAAUUGUUGCAAAAUAUGUUACAAAUUAUGAACACAAAUAAUUCAUUUGGAAACAUGGGUAAUUAUCCUUAUAACCCUUUAGGAAAUAUUACUCCUAGCCUUAAUCCAUUCAAUUUAUUUUUGAAUGGAACAAACACAAUUCAAACUAAGGAUCCAUUAGUAUUGAGUGGUGGUGAAGAAUAUAAUAUGAUCCCUAGUCUAUAUUCUCAUGGACAAAGUGAGGAUACUUCAAAAGGUGGAUCAAGUUUAGAAAGUGUUGAUUAUAGCAAAAUGAGAAACAUUUCAUGUGAAAAUCAAGAAGAAAAUCUACUUCCUUCAUUGGUUGCAUCCUCUCCUAGAAUAAGUACUUUCAACCAAAUGGAAAGUUGUAACAAAGCUCAAAUGUCUAUUGAUGAAUCACCUUCAAACACAACCUUUGAUGAUUGGGAGAAGUUCCUUGAUGAUGAAUCAAACGGCUCCUAUUGGAAAGAGCUUUUAGACUUGACUUCCACUUCUGCGUCACAAAUUUCAUGGUAGAGGACCAUUAUUAUCUUUGAGAACCCAUCAAUACAUACUCAACAAAAUUCGUAUAGUUUGAUUCAAUUCAUGGCUUAUAUAUUUUAGAUUCAUUUAUAAAUUUAUACAUACAUGGGAGGUGUAAUAAUUAAUGUAGUUUGUGUUGUACAAAACAAUUACACGUACGUGCAUAUAUAUUUGUAUGGAAAGUUAUGUAGUUUAUGUUCCUUA